CCGGGCCUUACCCGGUAUCCCUUAGAACCGUUGCACUCCGCAUUUCUCAAGCAUGGAAGAAGUCGUUUUCAGUUGCUAAUCUGAAGAAGUCUUUGUAGAGCCCCACCAUGGCGGACAAGUCCAGUGCCACAGUCCAGUGCCACACGGCGGUGGACGAGUUCAUGCGAGACGCCGAAGGCAUAUUUGCAGGUCGAGAAGCAGAGCAUAGCGUGAUGCUCGGUGUGCUGGGCAACUUGCAGAAGGACAUGCACUUUUACCAGGUCACACCUCAGUUGUUGGCUCUUCAUGGAUCGAAGUCAUCUGCUGUACUGGUGGCCAGCAUGGUUCAUCCAUUUCCCCUGGUGCUCUCUCUACCGGCACCCGAGUCAUCGGAGGAAGACGUGCAGGGAGCGCUCCGGUGUUUGGCACACUAUGUGGAACACGUGCUGGGCGAGAAGAAGCUCUUCCCGGUGAAGCUGGUGGGGCAUCCGGAACGGGUGACCUUCUUGGUGGAGCAGCUCCGGCGUGCGUCGCCGGAACGGGCAGGGUCGUUGACGCCUGGGCAUCGCAUGCAGUUCUACCGCCUGAGUCCGGAGGCCUUACUGGAACCACGGUUAAGAAUGGAGGAUGACCCCAGCUUGGCAGUACGGCCGUAUGAACCUGAAAGAGAUGCUGGGUGGAUACGCAAGUGGCUUCAUCAGUUCCAGGUGGAUGCCAUGGGGUGCGCACAGGACCAUGUGGUGGAGAACCAAUUGUCUGAACUUGCCAGGUUGCCAGCCGAAGCGCGUGGCAUGUUUUUGCUCUUCACGGGCGACGAAUUUGUGAGCUUUGCCGGUUAUGGAGGGGCAACGGCCAAUACCAUGCGUGUCACGGGGGUGUUCACUUCUCCAGAUUUUCGAGGUCGUGGAUAUGGACAGCUCGUCUGUUGGUACGCGUGUCGAUACUUGUUGACUCCAGUGGCAGCGCACGGCCUCGAGCGUACAGCUGUGGUGAUAGCGGCUGACGCUGCUAAGUGCUCGGUCAUGGGGAUAUACAAGCGCUUAGGCUUCACUGAAACUACCCAGUUCCAGGAAUAUGUGAACGGAGAAGCUUUGGCAGCACCUAGCUGAGCUGACAUGAUGCCAGAUGGAGCUGGCUUUUGCUGAGAGGUUUUAACUGCUCAUCAUGCGGAUGCGAUGCGUGUACAGUGUACAGACAGAUGAUCUUGACACAGGGGAGGUCUUUUGUACUGCCUCGUUUGCCCUUCCAUUAUGUGUGCAGAUAGAAGCAUUCGCACAUCGGAAAGGGAGCCUUAAAUCGAGUGAAA